AUGUCUAUUCCAUGCAGAAAAGCUAUAGUCAACAAUACCGAAAUCAAUGUCGCCCCUCUGGAAACUGUGAGCCUACGGCUCCUCCUCCAGAAGGAUGAAGGCGAACGCAUAAAGCUCUAUAGCGCGGCUAGAUCGUUAGGGUUUUUCUACCUUGAUGUGUCAGACUCUAAGCCAUAUCUUGCGGAUGUGGAGCGGCUUUACUCGGUCACAGAACAAUAUUUUGCUCAGUCCGAAGAAAAUUUACUCAAGGAUUUUAGAAUGGACGACGAAUUUCGUGGGUAUAAAGGAGGGAACAACUGGGGGUCUCUUGAGAUCCUUCGAGACGACGUUAUUUCCUCUGAAGUUCCUUUACCGGAUAUUAUCGAAUCAGAUUCCGCUACUGUGCAGCGUUUCAUUUCUGCUUCACAUGAAGUGAGUCACGUAAUUUUAGGUGAACUAUCGAAAUCGCUCUGGCCGGACUCCGAACACCAUCUCGAGGAAAAACAUCAUCCUAAGAAGCGGAAUAAUAGUAGUUUGAAGGUUUAUCGUGGACCUACCCUAGAGAAUCUCGCUGAUGUUAGAGAUAACACGCACACAGACGGUGGCAGUUUAACGUUACUCUACACUGAUAAAUGGGGGACGCAGGUUGAAUUGCCAUGGAAUAAAGAGUGGGCUUGGGUGGAAGCAAAGCCCGGGCAUGCAAUUGUAACUGUUGGGGACACGCUGCAGGCACUUACAGGCGGACUGCUGUAUUCCUGCCGACAUCGGGUCUCACAGCCGGUUGGUGGUUUUGAGGAACGAUGGGCUGUAACUUAUUUCUUCAGACCGGAAAAUGAUACUUCCUUGGUUCCUCUAUAG